CUUGAGAUCAGAAAUUCUACGAAGGAGGGAGUCACUAAUUUCAAUUUUAUGCUGUUUAUAUUACUAUUCUGUGUUCGUCGUUUGCAACGAAAGUGUAGAGAAAUUAAACUAGUCUCAUAAGUUUGUAAUUCUACACAUGUUUUAUUAAUACAGUUUAUUUCUAAAUAUAUGUAGUACUAGCGGAUAUGUCAGGCGAUCCCCGAGCAAAAUGUAAGAACAGCAAAGAUUGAAAUGAAAACCAUGUUAACAUUUUGAUUAUUUUACUAUACCACUGCUGUGUUUAUCAUAAAGUGUUAAAUAAAUUAUAAAAAGAAAAUAGAAAAUAUAACAGAACUAAAUAAAAACGACAAAAAUCUACUUUAAAAAAGAAAAAUAAAUCAAUCUUAUUUAAAUUCAGUUAAGAAAAUUAAGACAAAUCGACAAUUAUUUUGAGGCUAAUUAAUAAAUGAGUUUUGCUUGGCACAUUGGAAAACUCCCAAUAUGUGUUUUGUGCUUGCUAAGAUUGUGAAGCUCGUAUUGUACGGAUUGGCGCAAUUUCAUUGGCCAGGUAAACAGAAAUUUUCGUUUUUCAACAGAAAAUUGUUGACUUUCAUGAAUCAAGAAAUAGAAAUUGUUUUCUAAUAUUAACUGUAACGUCCCAUUCACAAACAAAUAUGAAAUGGUAAUCAACCAACCAAUCAAACUUCACCAAAAAUGAACAAAAAAUUUAAACUAACCCUUGAAAACUAAAAAACAUAAUUUGUGAUUGCUGAUAAUUUCGUAGCAAAGUAAUUAGGCUACUUUCUCGGCUCUUAUAAAACAGGGAAAGUAUGGGCAAUUUGUUCGGGAGAUGCUAAACAGAUACGUGGCCGUAUCUCAGCAAGCUUCCAAGUUAUGCCAUACGCAAGUUUUUAGCCGAGAAAGUUAUGCAAAGCAUUGCUGGUUUUUUCUUAUUGGAAUUGGAAUGCCAAAUUCCAUUGAUCUGACAGAAAGAUUGCCUUUUUCAGGGCAGAGAAUAAAGAUAAUACGACCAAAAGUAGUAGUCAACAAUUUCUGAAUGAAAGAGUACUUCCUCAAAAUUUUAAUUACAUUUGCUGAAACUAUAUUGAACUGUGUAAAGAACAGACUAACUAACUAAAUUCUUAUUACUCGUAUAUUUGAUCCUCCUUAUAAUGAACACCUAAAAUAUUGGUUUUAAUUAAAACUGCCAUAUAAUCCGUUAAUUAGUUAUUUAUUUAUAUUUAUUUAACCCGGCGUGAGUGAGGCGGGGUAUGUCAUACCCGACAAGAUUUUAAACGCAGAUUAUUUAAUGUUAUUUUUGUCAUGGAAAUCCCGUCGUCACAGUAGCUGGAGAUAAGGGAGUAGGAGACGAGGUGCAGUGUUGAGUUUAGUGUUGCGCCUGCGUCAGCGGGAGAUACAUAUGAGCAAAGGUGACUGGGGUACGUCAUACCCGACCUCAUAGUCGGUGUUACAUUUUUGAGUUGACAGUAAGUUUAUGAGUUACAGUUAUUUAGGCCUAUAGUAUUUUUAGAUUUAUUUCUAGAUUUCUCAAAUGAUAGUCUUCGCAUUAGACAAAAAAACACAUCUUCCAAGGGAAACUCGAAAAGUGAUCACUGAUGAACUGGGAGUACCUUCAUUACCUGUUUCCAAAAAAUGGCUAAUAAAUAUGUCAGGUGUAGUGAGUGUACUAAAAAACAGAUAGGAAAACAAAACAUUGCUGUUCGAAGUGUGAGAAGCCAAUAUGUAUGAAGCAUGCGAUUUUUAUGUGUGGAGAUUGUGUUGAUUUUUAGGUGUAAUGUUGGCGCUGUGCAAAUUGAUCUCAUAAGAACUUUUAGUUUUUUUCUAUUUUUAUAAUUGAAAGAUACUAUAGUUAUGUUGAUUAACCAAAGAAGUUGUAAUUUUGUUAGAAUUUUAUACGAAAAAAUGUUAAACUACCAAAACUUGUAGUUUUUCAAAGAAAAUAUAGACACUUUGUUAUUUCAAUUAAAAAAAAUGCUUUUCAAUCUUAAACAUAAUAUUUUAUUUACUCAUCUUGUUGAAUAGAUACUAUUUUUAUUAUCCCAAGUGAAAAAAUACUUUUUACACAAUUAUAGUAUAAAAAAUUUUGCAUCGAAGUUUCGGGUAUCUCCUACCCACCUCAUAGCUGGUGUGACAAUUUCUCACCUCAUUCACGCCGGGUUAAAGCCUUAAAAAAACUCAAAAUUUACGCUGAUUUAAAUUAUCGCGGCAUUUCAUUAAUUCAUAUAUCAUACAAUUAUUUACGAACACGAACCGAUCAGAAAAGGGUGGCAAAAAGGUGUACUUUUUUUAAAAAAUAUGUUUGUUUGGUGCAAUUUUGGAAAAAAAUAUAACAUCGUGGAUGCCAUAAGCAAUAUCGGCUUCGCUUGACAAGAAUUAACUGAUAAAUGCACGAACGAAGUGUGGAAGAAGUUAUGGCUGAAGAUAUCCAAGAAUUCUCCCCGAGAAGAGCCUAUCACUGUAUGGUUUAGUUGACCAAACUCAACCUAAUCGAUAGAGCAGGACUAGGAGAUGUAGACGAGCAGAAUACUGAAGAGUUACAGCAGGUUUUUACUAAUAUCCUUAUCAACGACGACAUUCAAGAACUGGCAGAACAAGGAAUUCAUGUAGAACUGGAAAACAGAGUUUCUGAGAACGAAGAACCCAAAGAACUUGUUACAGAUUUCCUUAGUAAAAGUUUGGUAACGAUAACCGAAAUCGUUGAUCAAAUUGUAGCGAAUGAUCCAGAUUUUGAAAGCAGUGCAAAAGAGAAACGAGUCGUUUUGGAUGCGAUCAUCUACUACCGACAUUUGCUUAAGGAAAGAAAAAAAGCGACAAAUGAAACUACAGGAGUUUAUCGCAAAAAACAAGAAUUUCAGAAAACCCAGGACCUUCCUCACAAAACAUGAACUUUGCAUUUUUUUUGUGCUUAUGUUUAUGUGUUAUUUAACAUAUAUUAUACAAAUUAAUAUAAAAAUAAGUUAAAAUUAAAGUUGUUAAAUUUCUUUCCUGUCAUUUCCUAUGUGUGUAGCAAUGAUUUCUGUUAUAUAAACUUUUGUAUUUGUAUUGUGUAGCAACGCUUCGUAUCAUAUAACCAUUGUAUUAUUUUUUAUAAUAAAUCAACGGCCAUGACGUGGCGUCUUUUAUCAAGCCGGCCACUUUUUGGUUCUGUAUGACUUGAAACGGAUCAAAGUAGUCGUGUAUGAUUUUUUAAACUUACUUGUAAGGUAUCCUACUCACUAUCUGUGAACACAUAACUUGCAACAGUGAUAUAUUCAACAGAAGUAAAAUUUGUUUAUUUCGGUCGAGUGUUCUCCUAUCCCUAUUUACUCUGUGUUAAAUUACCUCGUUUAACGCUGUUUCGUUUAGCGCUCUGUCGGCCAGGAACGCAUGCCCCACGUUAAGCAGGGUCUUACUGUAUUAUUUAAUUAGAUAUGAUUGUCAUCGUAACAUUUGACAAUGAUUUUUACUUGUAAUGCCAAGUUGGGGUUUUAAGGUAACACGUCAAUUUAGUCAUUUCAACAACACACAAAGAAUUUUUUCUUGUAAUACAUACAGAACGUUCGAAAGAAGUGGCUGCAUCGAUACUCAGAUCUCUUUUACAAUCGCCAUGAAGAUCUAUAUUUUAUUCUUUUCUGCAUUUUUACUCUGCAAAAUUGCCGGCAGAGCUAAUACAAAAUCUAUUUAUUCCUCUCAAAAAACUGAUAUUUGUGAUUUUCCUGAAUUCUUUACAACUAAAGUUUAUAAUUGUGUCGAAAACCUUAGCUUUCAUAAUUACAGAGAUAAACUUGGACACUUCAUUAGAUGUUUCCGAAAGGAUUCCUUUUCUGAAGUCAUAAACACGCUUUGUGAGUCAAACAAGUCAAUGAAUGAAAUCCAACGAGAAUAUCCUCAUUGCUUUGCUAUUUUCAGUUUGGAAGACGAAAUUAAUAUUUCCUCUAUACAUGAAGACUUGAUGAAUUGUAUCUUCAGCAAUAAAUAAGAAAUAAAAGGCUUUUUUAAAAUAUAAUGUAUUAAAUAUU